GCGGUUUUGUUGCGUGGAGGCUCAUUGCAAGCGUGAUAGGCAUCUCGCCAUUAGCUAGCUUGUUUUUGCUCGCCGUGCAAAGCCUGCAUCAGCACCGCAGCAAUCCUGCAGCGCCAGAUCCCAGUAGCGGCAUCCUCGCCCACCAGGCCGACGAGCAGCCAGUGCCGCAGUCGAUCAUGGCCGACGAGCAACAAAAGGCGAAAGCAAGAGCCGCGCGCUUCGCCAACGACGCCAAGAAACCGCCCCCGCCACCGCCGAAGAAGACCUUCGCCCACCCGGGAGGCAAAAUGACGACGAACAAAGACGAGGCGCUGCGCAAGUACUUAGAAAGGAAAGGUAAUUCGUUAAACGCCGCCCAGCAGCAAGCCCUGGAAGAUCUCCAAAAGAAGGGCCUCGCGCCGCCCACACCACCUAAAGAAGAUCGCACGGACAAGUUAUUUGUCGGCAAUUUGCCGUACAAGCUCGACGAUCAAAAGUUAGGCGCGUUGUUCGCGUCGCGCUAUCACGUCAUCGGCUCAAAAAUCGUGUUAGAUCGCCAGACGAAUCGAGGACGGGGCUUCGGCUUCGUGACGUUCGGAAGUUCCGAGGACGCGAAGGCCGCGCACGACGCGUUCCAGGGCGUGAAGGUGGAGGGGCGGCUGCUGACGGUCAAGUACGCGACGCAGCGGGGGCAAUCAAAGGCGAAGCCGGUGUUGCGGAAGGACGGCUGGGGCUCGUGGGCGACGCCGUCAAAUGCCGCGGCGCCGGAGGCCGCCGAAGCGGAUGUCGCUGCGAAAUCGUCGCCGCCAGCGCCAGAAGCCAGCGCGCCGGCCGCCAGCGCGCCGGAGGCCGCCAGCGCGACAGACGAGAAGCCCCUCGAAUCCGAAACGCCCGUCGAGGCCGUGUCAUUGUGGAAGAUCGCCACCUCCAGUGAAGUCGACGCGUGGCGCGCCGCCGGCACUCUGACGGGCUCGGCGCUCGACGAAAAGGACGGCUUCGUGCACUGCGCGACGGCGGACCAGGCGCGCGUCGUCGCGGACUUGUAUUUUGCGGGGCAGUCGAAUUUAAAAUUGCUGCGCGUGAGCGUCGAGAGCCUUAAACAAAAGGACACGGCGUGGACGCGGGAGAGCGACGCUUCACUAAAGGGCCGGCCGGGCGUCGCCGUGCGGCUCGUGCCGGCUGAAGAUAUUAAAAAGUACCGGAACGGCAAGGACGUGCUCCACGACGGUUGUUUACAUCUGCACGCGGCGCCGCCGCUGCCCUGGAGCCUGGUCGACGAAUUUGAGUUGCCGCUCGUCGACGGGAAGCACGCGUUCCCGGCGCAAUGCGUCGCGACAGAAGGCCCGCGGGCGCAGGCGCUCGGGGGCUUCUCGAUCACGUACUGAGUCGACGGCGCUCCAUUUCUAAGUUUAGUUGUGUGU